AUGUUCGCCUCGGUGGGCCCUCGGGGCGGCCCGCGCCCACCAGUCGCCCCGGCCAUCCCGGAGCCGGACCUCAGCCAUCUGACGGAGGAUGAGAGGAAGAUCAUCAUGGCUGUGCUGGCUCGGCAACGGGAGGAGGAGGCAAAGGAAGAGGCCAUGUUAAAAGAAGAGAAGCCCAUCCAAGCAAGAACGGUGAACCUGGUUGGGCAGAAGAAGCCUCCACAGCAAAACGACGUCCGAGGUAUCCAGCAGCAGUUGUCCAGCUACAGGGAGACGGUGAUCAGGCAGGCCUCGGCGGCGGCGGGCUCAGCCGUUCACCGGGACGACGCACCAACCUGUGGCAUCUGCCACAAGACCAAGUUUGCAGAUGGCUGUGGGAAUUUGUGUUCGUACUGCCAGACCAAGUUCUGUGCCCGCUGUGGGGGGCGAGUCUCCUUGCGAUCUAACACGGAGGAGAAAGUGGUGAUCUGGGUGUGCAAUAACUGCCGGAAGCAGCAGGAGCUCCUGACCAAGCCAGGUGAGUGGUUCACUGGUCCUCCAGGGAAGAAUGCCAGCCUCGGUUCAGCCGUCAGCGAGCCGUCUGUGUGCCAAACAGCCGGGGAUAAGAAGCUCCGAUCUCGCUCCCAAGCACCCCCGGGCUCCAGCACUGCGAUCCAAGACCCCAACCGACUGAGCACAGGCGGGACUCUACCUGGCACAGAUGCUCGGUCACUUAGCGAACCACCACGAGACACGAGAAAUGGACGGGGUGGUGCAGGAGCUGGUCGGGGGGAGCGGCGGCAGGGCCAGCCCAGACUGCAGACCCAGGUGUCCAUGGACCGGGACCUCCGGGGGGAGCCCAGGGAGCGCAGGGACAACUGGCGGCUGACAAAGGGACGCUCUUUGGAGCAUGAUCCUGUGGGUGGAGGUGGAGGUGGAGGAGUGAGGCGGACAGAAGAGGGGGGUUACCACCACAUGGACCACAGCGGUGGCCCCCCUCGACAAGCAGGACAGGCCCCUCCUGGAGGCAGGGGCCACCCCGUGUCCGGGCAGGGUCGUGGUAUGGGCAUAGGGGAGGUCGGGGACGGCACGCGACCUGGACAGAGGACGGUGGGUGGGGUAGGUGGGCCGCAUGAACACACUCUUUCCCAGCAAGGCCCCCCUGAACUCCGAGAGCCUUCUGGUUCAGGCCCCGGCUCAGUCCCCGGCCAGGGACCUGUAGUGAGACGGACCAAACGGGAGAAGGCUGAGAGCAUGCUGCGCAAUGAUUCCCUAAGCUCUGACCAAUCAGAAUCUCUGCGUCCACCGCCACCGCGUCCCCACAAGUCAAAACGAGCCCUGGGGGCCGGAGGGAAGAGACAAGCCAGCGUCAGCAGUUCAGAGGAGGAAGGAGGGACCACGCCUGAGUACAGCAGCUGUGAGGAUGCUGAGAUCGAAAGUGUCAGCGAAAGAGGCGACUGGGAGUGCUUCCCACAUGACCCCAAUGUUUUUCAUCAUCCUGUAACCUGGCAGCCGUCAAAAGAGGGAGACCAUCUGAUUGGACGAAUCACCCUCAGCAAGAGGAGCGCCACUAUGCCUAAAGAAGCUGGAGCUUUGCUGGGGUUAAAGGUAGUGGGAGGCAGAGUAACAGAGUCAGGGAGAUUAGGUGCCUUCAUCACCAAAGUCAAGAAGGGAAGCCUGGCUGACGUGGUGGGACAUCUCAGAGCAGGGGAUGAGGUUUUGCAGUGGAACGGGAAGCUGUUACCGGGAGCAACCAUGAAGGAAGUUUACAACAUCAUCCUGGAGUCUCAAGCUGAGCCUCAAGUGGAGCUAGUGGUAUCCAGGCCUAUUGGGGUGUAUAGAAAAUAUCAUGAUAUCCCAAGAAUCCCCGACACGCCCCACCCUCCAUUAGAAUCUACAGGUUCCAGUUCUUUUGAGUCCCAGAAGAUGGAGAGACCGUCCUUAAAUGUCCUAUCUCCCUCCAGUCCCGGGAUGCUCCAAGAUGCUCCACAGUUAAUGCCAGGGCAACUCUCAGUGAAGCUGUGGUACGACAAAGUGGGUCACCAGCUAAUAGUCAACGUGCUGCAAGCUGUGGAUCUUCCUCUUCGGCCUGACGGGCGGCCCAGGAGUCCCUACAUCAAAAUGUACUUCCUCCCCGACCGCAGUGACAAGAGCAAACGGAGGACAAAAGCAGUGAAGAAGACCUGUGAGCCCAAGUGGAACCAGACAUUCGUCUACACUCACGUCCAUCGCAGGGAUUUCCGUAACCACAUGCUGGAGCUGACUGUAUGGGACCAACCCAGGUCACCAGAGGAGGACAGCACCUUUAUGGGAGAGAUCCUGAUAGAGCUGGAGACGGCCUUACUGGACGACAAGCCUCACUGGUAUCCACUCCAAACACAUGAUGUCUCAUCCAUACCGUUGCCUCAACCCUCCCCCUACCUGCCCAGACGACACACAGAUGCCCCUGGCAAGAAACUGCAGCGUUCUCAACGGGUAACAGAGGCUGAAUUUGAUGAGGGUACAGCAGUAGUGUCUAAAGCAGCAGAUGGGCGUGGCAGGGAGAGGCAGCGGGAGUCCACAUCUACCCUGGAGGUGCCUGAAAAGCAGAGGACACCCGCCCAUCACAUACGUUCCCGCUCUGUCUCCCCGCACCGUGAGGAGCAGGGGCGCAUCCGGUCGCGGCCGCCCAACGUUCCCACCCAGAGGAGUCUGGAUGACGAGCUUCCUCACACUCGUCGUUCUCGUUCACCAACACGCCACUACGACCCUGCCAGAGGAGGUCGCCAUCAGGGAGAAGACUACCUGGAUGACAGUGAGGUCAUCAUGAUCCACCAAUCAAUGCGAGGCAAAAGUGCUGAGUGCCUGCAUACCAGGAGAUCUACUAGGCACAAUAACACACUGCCCCCUAAGAUGCCACUUUUGUUCAACGGUAUCCACAAACAGGCAAACAGUUCCACGCUGCCUGCAUGCCAAAAGAUAAGCUCUAUCAGGGGAUUGGAAAAAGUCAUGGCACCACGCCACUCCUUCACACACCGUGUUGUAAUGUCCACCGAUGAGGGGACACUUGGUGAUCUGCAGCCUUCUCUGGACAGGGUUAGGAGCGCUAGUGCCAACUGUCUGACUCCAGACAAUCAUGCCCCCUCACCAAAGACUGACAGAAAAUCUUUGUCCCAUUCCCUGCCCCGAAGACGUCCAGCAAGUCCCAGGAUUCUUAUCCAACAUGCUUCCCCUGAAGACGACAGAAUAUGGAUGCUACUUCCAUCUCAAGAGACUUUAAUUCACUUCAGUACAAAGAAGAGGCAGCCUCGGACCCUGGAAGCGCCUGAGUGUCAGACUCUUGGCAGGAAGCUCUCUGAGAGUGGCAGGGGCCACCUCCAAGGUGGUGCGUCUCUUUCCUCCUCAGUGACGUCCUCCUCAGCCCGCAGAGUGAGACAGCUCCCACAGCUUCCCCCCAAGAGCAACACCGCAGAACAAGCCCUGGUAGCAGAGGAGCGUGUUCGUCAGCUCCAAAUGAGGGUUCAUUCCAACCGGGUGUCAGCUGCUACCACCUCCAGCCAACAGGACCUGGACCGAACCCUCAAGAACAAACGGGAGAUCUAUAGGGACCAGAGGAGGAGUAGUGAAAAUGUUUCCCAUAAGUCCUCAGACAGUGAUGUCAGCGACGUGUCAGCCAUCUCUCGAACCAGCAGUGCCUCUCGCAUCAGUAGCACCAGCUACAUGUCCAUCCAGUCAGAGAGACCCCGGGGACGCUUCAGCCGAGCCAUGCGUGCAUCGGGUCGCCACAUGAUGAAGAGCACCAGCGUGAGUGGUGAGAUCUACGGCAUGGAGCACGCUGAUGGCAGUCAAUCAGACACGGCGCUCGGGAGCCUGGGGAGUGGAAUCAAGAAGCGACGCUCGAGCCUCAGCCAACGUGUUGUCGCCAUCCUACCGUCCAGACGGAGUCGGAGUACCUCUCAACUUAGCCAGACAGAGGCGGCGGGUAAGGCGGCGGACAGACAGAAAGAGGCAUCAACAGGUAAGAAAGUGGGUAAAGCAGGCAGCAGCAGCAUCCAGAGGAGCGUGGAGACGGGCAUGGCAGUGGAGUAUCCACGAGGAGGAUCAGCCAUGAACCGACAGGCCAGCAGAGAGUCGACUGAUGGCAGCAUGAACAGCUACAGCUCUGAGGGAAAUUUGAUCUUCUCAGGGAUGAGGUUGGGUGCCGACAGUCAGUUCAGUGACUUCCUGGAUGGAUUAGGUCCCGGUCAACUGGUGGGCCGGCAAACUUUGGCAACACCUGCCAUGGGUGAUGUUCAGAUUGGUUUGAUGGAUAAGAAAGGCCAACUGGAGGUGGAGGUGAUCAGGGCACGAGGCCUUACCCCCAAACCAGGCUCCAAAUCCCUCCCAGCUCCGUAUGUCAAGGUAUACCUGCUGGAUAAUGGAACAUGUAAAGCCAAAAAGAAAACAAAGAUUGCACGAAAGACCCUGGAGCCGCUCUACCAGCAGCACCUGCUCUUUGAUGAGAGCCCCCAGGGCAAGGUGCUUCAGGUGAUCGUAUGGGGCGACUAUGGACGAUUGGACCAUAAAUGUUUCAUGGGUGUAGCACAGAUCCUAUUGGAGGACCUGGACCUCUCAAGCACGGUGAUUGGCUGGUACAAACUGUUUCCACCAUCUUCAUUGGUGGACCCUACAUUAGCUCCGCUCACGCGGCUGGCAUCUCAGACGUCACUGGACAGCUCAGGACCGCCGCCAGGUGUUCGGUCCUAGUGACCGGAUGGCGGCUGCCUACCCCCCAAUACCCCUUAAAUGACAAAAUAAUGGACCACAGCUACUGGACCACAACUGAGCAGAGGGCGAGAAGACGCCCCGAGGACGACAACAAGAAGCCCUCAGUCAACCAAUGAAAAGCCAGACGGAGAGACAGGGAAUGAGAGAGAGAAAGAGAGAGGGAGAGACAGAACUAGCCAAUCAAAGCUUAGCUGGAGUCUGACAAUCACGUCUCACACCUUCCCUCUUCUUCCUCCUUACACCAUUAUGUUUUCAAAGCUUUUCUUUUUUGUUUUCUCCCCUGAGCUGCAGCAGUGGAGGUUUCUCUCCAACAUUGUUCACUUCUCUCUACUGUUUCUUUUAUUUCUCUUUACUUUGUUGUGCAGCCCCUAUCAGAGCACUCGAUCAAAGUGGAGUCCUCCGCCUAGUAGCCCUCCAGCCAAUCAGAGUAGAGCUUACUGCUAGGCCACAGGGACAAGUGGUGUAAACGAUGUGUGGGAGAUAGUAAGUAGCAAACUGUUGCAGCUUCAUGCAACUAUUGUCUAGAGGUUGGCUGUUGUCUCUACAGGUGUUACCAUGGUAACAGUGUCGUAGAUGAGGGGCAGUAGUUUGGCUCAGUCUGGUAACCUUUAAGGAAAGGGAACCUGCACAUGCACGUGCACAUUCUUUCGUGCACAGCCUUGCUGUGAGAUAUGAAAGGAAGCACAAGAAAAGCUUGACUCCUUCAUUCAGAUAGAGGCUAACAAAAACUUUUCUCUGUGUUUAAACAAAGAGGAAAGAAAACAGAGGCCAAAUCAAUGACUAGCUUAUUAUUUUUCUUUUGGAAUAUUUUUUUCUGUCUUUGUUUUGCCUAGAGUUCAGAAUGGUACCACAAGGUGCAGACUCCCUCUGUGUACGUGUAUGUUUGGUUUUCGAGUGGUGGUGAGCCGACGAUCAAGGUCAGGCCACAUAUGCUCGAACACCCUUCGCCCAAACCUCACCACCCGUCUCCUCAACUUCCUCACCCCUCAAACUCCCCCAGUAGGAGGGAGCAGCAUGACUCGGGGACGCCCCGCCCCAGCCCCAAGCAGCAUGCACGUUUCUUUUGUUCUGUUUGUUUCAUUUUUGUUCCGUUCUCUACUUUUUUGUAAAAUCGAAAGACGAGACAAAUUAACAAACAAUUCUCAAAAAAACAAAAACAGAAAAAAAGACUAGACUAUGUGUGUUAGUUCCACAUACUUUUAGGCCAGCUUGUAUGUUGCAUGUUCUUGUACAGUUUGCUCGUACUGAAUAUGAAUACAAACCGAGAAAAGCCAAGCCAUCCCGGCCCCCUGACAGGAGCGGACCAAUAGGGGGAAUCAACUCCACCCAGGCCACGCCCACCACUCUGGGUCUAAAUAUCCAUAUUAGGAAGUCUCCAAAAAUAUUGUCUUUGUUUCAGUUUUUUCUUUGAACCCUUUGAACAACAGUGCUGUUCUGUAGUACUGAGCAUACUCGAGCCCCUGGCAUAUCUGAGGAUGUAGGUGUCUAAACUGUAGUUUAAGACAGUCGGGGCUAGAGGCAGAGAUAGAGAAUGUGUGUAUAACAGCUAAAUGUAUAUGAAGUAUCAUUAUGAGUUUGACAGAAAUUAUAAAGAUAUAGAUAUAUGAAUAUAAAAAGAGUGUAUCUGACUGUACACCCAUCACCAAGACACACACGCACACCUUGUACAUACAAAUCAGGAUGAGCGGCUUGAACUUAAGUUAUGAACAAACAAAAGAUCGCUGACACACAAACAUUCCUGGUCUUGUUGAGGGGAACUUGCGUCCGGUGCUUGAGCCACGGAGGACGCUAAUAAGGCCUUUAUUUUUCUUCCAGUUGCAGAAAAAUAAGCAGAACCAAUUGGAACUACGUUUACUUUCUUCUCCUUCAGCCCCCCCCCAUUCCCUGUUUAUUGCUAUUGGUUUGGACUGGACUUCUAAAGACAAUGAGAAAUCUGGUUUUGCAGACAUAUUUUGCAGAUGUUUUUGUUGAAACCCUUGGCGGUAUGGCCGACUGCCCUUUCCUUUGUCAGUAUUACUCCAGGAAUACUGAUUGUUUACAGCCCAUGGCUCCCCACUCCCAAACCACGAUUCUAGACGAAAGACGAAGUAUUCACUGCAACAGUUCUUGUUUGUAUAACAGAUGUGGCUCUACUGAUGUGUAUGUUUUAUAUUCAAGAGUUCAUUUUUAUUAUUUACAAAUAAAAGACUGUGUGGAAGAAGA